AUGGCGUCCGAUCUACCGUCCGAGAUUCUUCAAGCUCUCUCCAAAAAUGACAACAUCCUUUCCUCGGAAGCAUUUCCUUCUCAAAAGUCCACCGACAUCAAAGGUGCUUUGGACAGACUUGGCUCAAGGUCUAUGAUCACAUACGAAACAAUAGAUCGCGAAGAAGUUAUACUGGAAGCAGAGGCUGAAGAAAUUGCCAACAAUGGUAGUCAUGAGGCACGAGUUUUUGAGGCUCUACAAAAGGCAAUGGAUGGACUCACGGUUUCCGAAUUAGAAGCUGCUGUGGGAGAUAAGAAUGUUGUCAAGGUUGGUCAAGGUAAAGCAUUCAAGUCGAAAUGGAUUGCGAAAGGUAAAGAUGGAAAACUGGUAGCUUCAACCGAUUCUAUCCAGGACACAACUCGAGAACAGCUCCAGACUAUCCAAAAGACUCGUGCGCAUCCAGAUCCAAAAGUUAUCACAGAGCUCAAGAAACGUAAGCUGGUAAAGAUGCAGAAGGUUACUAGUUAUAAGAUCUCGAAAGGACCCAAAUUCGCCUUGGAAAUGGUCAAGGAAGAGACAGAUUUGACAGCAGACAUGCUUGCAUCGGGUGCCUGGAAAACCGCCGCUUUCAAACCAUAUAACUUCAAAUCUCUUGGAGCAGACCAAAACUCUGGUGCAUUACAUCCUCUAAAUAAAGUACGACAUGAAUUCCGCCAAAUCUUCUUCGAAAUGGGUUUCGAGGAAAUGCCUACCAAUAACUUCGUCGAAACCGGCUUCUGGAACUUCGACGCUCUCUUUGUCCCACAACAACAUCCUGCGAGAGAUUUACAAGACACUUUCUAUAUUUCGGAUCCUAAAACUGCAGACAAACCACGUGCAGUGGAUGGGGAGGAUAAAGCUGACUAUGAGGCAUUGUGGAAGAAUGUACAAGAAGUUCACCAGGAAGGAAAAUAUGGAUCAAUCGGUUAUAGAUAUCCUUGGGCUGCGGAUGAAUCUUUACGACUAGUCCUCAGAACACAUACGACUGCGACAUCGACAGCAAUGCUACACAAAUUAGCCCAACAAAAGGGACCCGAUGGACGACCACCGCCAGCAAGAUACUUCUCCAUUGAUCGUGUGUUCCGUAAUGAGACUGUUGAUGCUACCCAUCUUGCUGAGUUCCACCAAGUUGAGGGUGUUAUUGCAGAUUAUGGAUUGUCCCUGGGAGGUCUUAUGGAAUUCAUGGAGGUCUUCUUCAACAAGAUGGGUCUGGAAGAUUUGCGUUUCAAGCCAGCUUAUAAUCCUUACACCGAGCCAAGUAUGGAGAUUUUCAGUUACCACAAGGGUCUCGGCAAACUGGUUGAAAUCGGAAACAGUGGAAUGUUCAGGCCAGAAAUGUUGGAGGCAAUGGGUUUACCAAAAGAUAUGAAGGUCUUUGGUUGGGGAUUAAGUUUGGAGCGUCCAACUAUGAUUAAAUAUAAGGUGAACAAUAUCAGAGAAUUGUUAGGUCACAAGGUUGAUUUGAAUUUCAUCGAGAGAAAUCCAGCUGUCAGACUAGACAAGUCAUAAGGGAUUAGAUAGGUCUAUAAAAAUAAAUGGUUGCACAGUUAAA